GCGGCGGCGCCAUGGCCCGCGCGCCGGAGAAGGGCCCCGCGGGAGAGCCGGAGGGGGAGGCGGCGGCGGCGGCGGCGACGGUGGUGCAGAUCCGGCUGGGCGAGCGCAGCUUCGCGGUGUGCAAGAGGAAGCUGCUGGAGCAGAGCGACUACUUCGGCGCCCUGUACCGCUCGGGCAUGCGGGAGGCGGCGGCGGGCGCGGCGGGCGGGCCGGAGGUGCAGCAGCUGCGCGGCGGGCUGAGCGCGGCGGGCCUGGAGCUGGUGCUGGACUUCAUCAGCACGGCCAGCCUGGGCCGGCUGGAGGGCGCGGGCGAGGGCGAGGCGGCGCUGCUGGAGGCGCUGGUGGAGGCGGCCUCCUUCCUGCAGGUCACGCCGCUCCUGCGCCGCCUGCGCUCGCAGGUGCGCCUGGCCAACUGCCUGCCGCUGCGCCGCCUGGCGCACCACUACGGCCUGCCCGAGCUGGAGGAGGCCUGCCUGCGCUUCAUGGCCGCCCGCUUCCACCAGGUGCUGCGCCGGCCCGAGGCCCGGCCCCCCCUGCUGCUGCCCGCCGCCCUGCGCCCGCAGCUGCGGGAGCGCCGCCUGCGGGGCGCCGCCGCCCUGCUGGCGCUGGGCAGCUUCGCGGGCGGGGGCGCCCCGGAGGACGCGCCCUGCGCCAUGCUCCGCUACGACGAGGGCGCCCGCCGCUGGCUGCCGCUGCCCGGCCAGCUGCCCGCCGACCUGGCCAACGUGCGCGGCUCCGGGGCCGCCGUGCUGGACAACUACCUCUUCAUCGUCGGGGGCUACCGCCUCACCACCAGCCAGGCCAUCGCGGCGGCGCACUGCUACAACCCCUGCCUGAACGAGUGGAGCGCCGCGGCCUCCAUGAACCAGAAGAGGUCAAACUUUAAACUUUUGGCUGUCGGUGGAAAGCUGUAUGCCAUUGGUGGACAGUCCUUAUCUAAUGUGGAAUGUUACAGUCCAGAACAUGACUGGUGGAACUUUGUGGCGCCUUUGCCCAGCCCCCUGGCAGAAUUCUCAGCAUGUGAGUGCAAAGGCAAGAUUUACGUAAUGGGAGGCUACACUGCAAGAGAUCGGAACUUGAAAAUCUUGCAGUACUGCCCUACCUCAGAUAACUGGACAAACCUUGAACUUUGUGACGUCCACAUCCGCAAGCAGCAAAUGCUGUCUGUUGAGGAAACCAUCUAUAUCGUUGGGGGCUGUAUCCAUGAACUGGGAUCCAACCAAAAAUCCAGCCAGAAUGAGGACAUGUUGACGGUGCAGUCUUACAAUACGGCCACCGGAGAAUGGCUCUGCCUCAAAGAGAACACCUCCAAAUCUGGCCUUAAUUUGACUUGCGCACUCCAUAACGAUGGGAUCUAUAUACUGAGCAGAGAUGUCACUCUCUCUACAAGCUUGGAGCACCGGGUUUUCUUGAAGUACAAUAUAUUUUCAGACAGCUGGGAAUCACUUAGGAACUUGCCAACUUUUGGACAAAAUAUGUUGGUCUGUUCUAUGUACUUGCCAAAUCUUAUUUGAGUGUAACCACAGUAGUUUUAUUUUUGCACGUCAUAAAUUUCAUUUGUUAUUGAAUAA